UCUUACUUGAAAAUAAUAGGUUGCACCACAUGUGGAGAAAAAAAGAUAACUAUUUACAGUUCGAUUUACAAAACGAGCAAAUCGCUCAGUCACUUUAACAAAACGAUAAGGAAAAGUCAAAGAAUCGAAGAAAAAUGAGUAACGAAUACGACUAUCUGUUUAAGCUUUUGUUGAUCGGCGAUUCCUCUGUUGGAAAAUCUUGUCUUCUUCUCAGAUUCGCUGAUGAUUCAUAUGUUGACAGCUAUAUUAGCACCAUUGGAGUGGAUUUUAAAAUUAGGACUGUGGAGCAGGAUGGGAAGACAAUCAAGCUGCAAAUUUGGGAUACUGCUGGCCAAGAGCGGUUCCGGACCAUCACAAGCAGUUACUAUCGAGGAGCUCAUGGGAUAAUUAUCGUGUAUGAUGUAACUGAGAUGGAAAGUUUCAACAAUGUCAAGCAAUGGCUUAAUGAGAUUGAUAGAUAUGCAAAUGAUAGUGUAUGCAAGCUUCUGGUGGGGAACAAAUGCGAUCUCGUUGAGAACAAAGUUGUUGACACACAAACAGCUAAGGCAUUCGCAGAUGAGCUUGGGAUCCCUUUUCUGGAGACUAGUGCGAAAGAUUCUAUCAAUGUGGAGCAGGCUUUCCUAACCAUGACUGGCGAGAUUAAGAAAAAAAUGGGUAACCAGCCAGCUGCAAACAAGAAACAGGCGAGCACGGUUAAAAUUGAGGGUCGACCAAUUGAGCAGAAAAACAGCUGUUGUGGUUAAUUGCCCUUGACCGUUCUUUCUCAUAUUAAAAGGAAUGUAAACAAAUGUUAAAUAUCUAUUAACCAGCCUCUUUCUUGGGUUUCUUUUGAACUGUUGAAUGUGACCAGACUUAACUCACUAAGUCCCCAUUUUCAGGGAAAUGUAUAUUUUGAAACGCAAGCGUGUAUGAUAAACUAUUUUUCUCUCUA